AGUAGGCCAGAACAAAAGUCAUUUGGUAGAGGAGUUGAAACACUUGGAAAAGGGUUUUAUCAAGGUCUGACUGGUAUUGUGACACAACCUGUGAAAGGUGCAAUGAAGGAAGGUGUCCUUGGUUUCAUCAAAGGUACUGGUAAAGGUGUACUGGGUCUUGUUUUCAAACCAACUGGUGGUUUGAUUGAUUUCACCAGUGCUACGCUACUAGCAGUACAAAGGACUACUCAAGUAGGUGAACUCAAUUUGAUGCAGCUUCGUAUUGCACGUUACAUUGGAAAUGAUAAGGUUAUACGUCCAUUUUCACUGACUGUUGCUUCAGGUUAUGCAGUUUUUAUUGAUUACAAUAAUGGAGAGCUCUACGGUAAAGAGGAAUACAUUGGUCAUGUUGAUUUAAGUGAUGAUCCAAUAAAGAUAUUCAUAGCAACUGACAAACAAGUGAUGAUACUGAAAAAGAACACAUUUUUUGAUAAAUGGUCUUGCGAAUGGUCUAUGGAAAUGAAAGAAGUUGUGGACAAACCUUUCCUAUCUAGUAGCACUGGUGCUGAACGAGCUGUUCUGUUUCCUAGAAUGGAGCACCAAGGAGGAGUCUUUGGAUUUGGUGGGAAAAAGUCAGUCAAGACAAACUUUUCCCUCAACAUCCCAGAUGAGAUCAAAGCCAAAAAGAUUGUGGCAUUAUCACUACAAUCAUAUAGCACUUUUGCUAUAAAACUUUAAAUUAGUUUAUGAUAGUUGCUGUAUGUGGUAUUCUUGUGUGUGAAUUUUAAAGGUACUUUCAAACUUUUGCUAGAAUUUAAUAAGAUCACAUGAUUAUUUUUGUUAGCAGUUCUAUUUACGUGUUGAUUAAUAAUACCACAGAAAUUAUUAAAAU